CAGUGGUAACUAGCUAAUUGGCUUAGAUUAGUGUUUUAUAACGAUUCAUUAUCGCCACUGCCAAUUAUUUGAGCAGCUUUAAAAAACUUACAAUAACUGGAUAGUCACCAGGUUGUCACAUUAUUCUAGUUAACUACUGAAGUCCAGUUUACGUUUGUAUUAUAUAUUUCACGGUACUACCAAACAGCUGCAAAAACGUGCAGCGUGUUUGACAUCACAAUGCAGGAAGUCUUCGGAAUAGUGUUUGCUGCUCGUUGUAGACUUCCUGGUUCUCCUUGUUUUUUGGUUGGGCGGACCUUUCCAAAUUGUUAGGGCAGGAGGGCGAGGAACAGAAGCACAAGGAAGCGCACGAGUUCGCCAUUAUAGCGAACUACUGUUCCUGAAGACGUACUUACUUUGUAUGACCCCAAUGAACAGACUAAAGUGAAUGGAGUGAUAAAUAACCGAUGAGGCACCAUUUAUGCUAACUGAAGAGCCGCGCGAAUGGUGAAUUUGGGAAACGAAGUGGUGGUCGUGGAUAGACAAGCUAUCGGGAAAUUCUUUGCGUGUGUAGGCGUCCAGGGGAAGAGCAUGCCGAUGGAGAGCCUUUAGUAGGAUGGGGAGCCCAGCGCACCGCUGCAGGGACAUUGAGAGGCAGGCGGGCUACCUGCAGCCCGAGCACUGUGCCCCUCCCCCGCCCCGCACCGCUGACGCCCGCGACAUGUGGUUCAUCCGUGACGCCUGCGGCAUCGUGUGCGGGGUCAUCACCUGGAUGCUGGUCUUCUACGCCGAGUUUGUGGUGGUCUUCGUCAUGCUGCUGCCCUCCAAGAGCCUGGUCUACAGCCUGGUCAACGGGACGCUCUUCAACGGCCUGGCCUUCCUCGCCCUGGCCUCCCACUUCAGGGCCAUGUGCACCGACCCCGGUGCAGUGCCAAAAGGAAACGCAACGAAGGAGUUCAUUGAAAGCCUGCAGUUGAAGCCAGGUCAGGUGGUCUAUAAGUGUCCCAAGUGCUGCAGCAUCAAGCCUGACCGGGCGCAUCACUGCAGCGUCUGCAAACGCUGCAUCCGCAAGAUGGACCACCACUGCCCCUGGGUCAACAACUGUGUAGGAGAGAACAACCAGAAGUACUUUGUGCUAUUCACAAUGUACAUCGCGCUGAUAUCACUGCACUCACUGAUGAUGGUGGUCUUCCACUUCCUCUUCUGCCUGGAAGAAGACUGGACGAAGUGCAGCUCCUUCUCGCCUCCAGCGACUGUCAUCCUGCUCAUCCUGUUGUCUUUUGAGGGACUCCUCUUCCUCAUUUUCACUUCUGUGAUGUUCGGGACCCAAGUCCAUUCCAUCUGUACUGAUGAAACGGGGAUAGAGCAGUUGAAAAAGGAAGAGCGAAGAUGGGCUAAAAAAACUAAGUGGAUGAAUAUGAAGGUAGUGUUCGGGCACCCCUUCUCUAUAGCGUGGCUCAGCCCCUUCUCCGUGCCCGACCACGGGAAGGCCGACCCCUACCAAUACAUUGUCUGAGAUGUGAGGCCGUCGGCGAGGCCCCUCCCUCCUCCAUUGGGCGCAGACUGAUGAUGCGUACUGGCAGCGCCCGCCUCACUGACUUUGACGAGCGAAACUACAACCCAUUUUUCUGAUGCUGCUUCUUUCUGUUUGUUUUGAACAUUUUAAAAUCCAUUUUAGUUUCUUUUUGUUACAUGUAAUCGGUAACGGAGGAAAAAGAAGCGAUUGUGCUGAAUCUGCCUGUUUAGUAUCUUUUUUUUGUUGCUUUUCUUUGCCUGAGGCUGUUAACUGUAAUUGGUGUUUUCCUUCUGUUCACAUCAGUGCCCCCCAAACAGUUCAUUCUUAAAAAGUGCUUAAUCUCCGAUAUAAAUGAAACAAACACAAAUACUCCCCACAGUACUACUACAAAGGGGAUUUCCGUUUGGCUAAGAAGGGAAACAUAGAUCUUAGAUCAGCUGAAGUAGAGGACCCAGAAUGGUUCCUGUACGUGAGUAUUUCCAGUCAGGAGAACGAUGCAUGUGUGGAACUUCAGUUUGCUCUCUGCUUUCUAAAACAGUGAUGCACUUUACAUGAGAUGGGGAAAAAUCCUGCUGUUCUUUAGGAGCAUGGCUUUUCAACCAACACUACUGUGAUUGCAUGAGGAUGUUUUCUGAAAGAGGUUGGCUGAAAACUCCCAACAAGCAUCUAACUUUUAAUCUCUGGACCAAUGAGAACUCUCGCUACAUAGACCUGCUGUCUUUGUGACCUGGCUGAGGUGUCUGUGGGUGGGGUGUGGUUGCCUUCAUAGCUGGUGGUGUAGGCUGUGUAGCUUGUAGAGAUUCCUAAAUGGGGGUAAAUAGUGGUGCUUGGAGGAGUGAUGAUGCCUGAGAACUGUACUAAUAGCCUUACAAUGAUCUGUAGAACACAGGUUAUAUGAAAUACUUUAAGAAGGAACUUGUAGGGUCAUGUUGGCAUAAAGGGUAGUACUAUCUGUAAUCUCUAGUGUUACUGUAAAGGAUAGUGCUGUCUAAAACCUAUUGGGCAGUGCUAGUUUUUGUUCCAACCAGUUACCAUAGUUUUGGUUUUGUGGCAGCUCUAUGAACUGUUUGUUCACUCCUGUACUUGAGCUCAGUAAAAUCUUUCGGAUAAGCUUGCAGUCUGCGGCUGUAGCUGGUGCUUAUACAGAUGUCUAAUUGAGAUUUGAUUGAGCUAAUUAAAUAAUUAAGAGCAGAAGUUGGCACAGAAUGCUGAAAUUGCCCUUGUUGUGCACACCUGCUGUAGGGACAGUGCUGUCUGGAACCUGAAGGUAUCCGUCUUGGUAUGGUGCAUAGUACAAUCUGCUUACUGCUCCUUGUUGAUGUGAAGACCAGUUAACUGCUUCUGGGUCUUUUUCUGGGCUGAAUAUGCUUUCAUGUAGGUAAUGCGAAUAUGCAAUUUUUCCAUCUGGGAAUGGUCUAAGCAAAUUUGUUAGCUGUGUUAAAUCACCCGCAAAAUGAACACUAAGAUGUUGUCAGCUGUUUGUGCUGGUGAAGGAACUGUGCUUGUGUCAUCAAGGCUGCAGGUUUUAUUCCCAGAUUCAGAUUUGUUCAAUUCUCCCAAGCUUGCCCUGUAUUUACCCUUUAUGCUUUAGCAGGGCGAUCAGAUGUAGCCUGUAGGUAAGCUACAUGCGGACUGCAAGCUGAGUUGUCCUGUGCAUCUGCUAUACAGUUUUUGCCAUGGUUCUGCCUCAAAACAGUCAUGCAGACACAAACAUGUUACAUCAUCCUAAAGCUGAUGGAUCCUGCACUUUAUUUGAACUGGGAAGUAUAGGUGAGUUGCUAAUGGGAGGCUUGGACCUUUUCUUGUAGUCUUUUAAAUAAGGACUCUGAAGCUUUGGAAGCCAUGUUGGGAAAGGGCAUCUUCACCUUGGGUGUCCAUCUGUAGCCAGCGGAUGCUAAAUCCAGUCAAGUUACUGUAAAGUGAAAGUGGAUUGGUUCAUAUAUCAUAGUUAACCUCACACUGAUGUUCAGUGCAGAGUCCAAAAAAAUAACUCUUCAGUUCAGUCAGCUAUCUGUCUACCAUCACAGUGUCUUCACACUUUUAGUUUUAGUUAAACUUUGGUGACAAUAUAAUGGACACCCCUUUCCUCCUGGUGUUCAUAAGCCUUAUUUCUGAUAGGAGGGGGACCUUGGGAAACCGUGAACAGAAGGAAAAGUUAUCAUGACUUCCUCAAGACUGGUUGCCAAAUUGUUACUGUUUUUAAAAGGGAGGAUUAAAAAUGAGAUUAUUCCGAUGUCUCUGCAGGUUGACUGGAAUGACCGUUGGUGAAAUAUUCCAGACGACCACCGUUAUAGAUGUUUAAAGUGUUGGAUUGCCUUUUUUUACUGCAUGUACGAUAGACUAUCAUGUAAGCACUUGUUAAUGAAAUGGAUGAGUCAUGUUCCUUCACACUGAUAUUCAAGCAGGUUGGUGGCUGGGGUUUCGGUAAGCUGUGAUGUAACGAUGAGGAACGGUUGCUUUUCAAAGUGCAAUUGGGCCACAGCUGUGACCGUUUGUUUUACGGAGGCUUCAUCAGACCGCCUCACCUAUUUCACGGUGUAACAGAUGUAUCAGCUGUUAGAAUUGAACACCACCUGCAGGUGCAUCUCAUUCACUCCCACCCCCCUCUCUCUCUCUUUGUGUCUUAACCUCGCAAUCACCACAGACUUCAUUAUGCUGUGGCUUUAUUCGUAUUAAUGCUAUUAAAUCUCUGCUUAUGCUCAGACUGCUGGGCCUCAGCCCUCCACAGUAAUACUGGAAGAGCUUUCUGGACUCACUUCUCUCCUAUCUGAAGAGGGGAGAAAAUGGCUUUUUUGCCCACCAGUCCUCUUUAUUCCCUCUCUUCUGCCCUGCUAUCUGUAAAUAAAGUAUUCAUAAGGAACUUAUUUCAAAUGUUUGUCCAAACCUUUGUUAUUUUGGCUACUUUCACUUUGAAAGUAAAUGCAAUAAAAAAUCUUUUUUCCUAUAAA